GGGCACUGAUGGGUAAUGGUGAGUGGCACUGCUGGGCACUGAUGGGUACUGGUGGGUGGCACUGCUGGGAACUGAUUAGCCGAUCAGCAACCAGGGGCGGAGUGACAACUCAUGGGGCCCCCGGGCAAUAGGGGAUCAUGGGGCCCCUGUGUCCUUUCCCAAACUCAAAAAAGCCUAUGAAAAAGGUACCAGGGGCAUCUCAUGGGGCCCCCUACUGACCCCGGGCCCUUGGGCAUUGCCUGAGUUUCCAAAUGGUCAGUCCACCCCUGG